CGUCAUGUCAGUGGGCACAAAUAGAAAAGAAGAUGUAAAGUCAGUGAACAUGAUUAAAAAAGAAGACGUUAAGUCAAACCAUCUGCAUUGAAUGUGGAAAGCUUGACUUCAUUGAAAAAGGAGAAGAAGCGAGUGGGUGCUUUCUGCAACGACUGUGGGGACGGAUCAGUUGUCAACAAUACAGUAGUUCACAAAGAUAAUUGUCCGAAGCAAGAAGUCGUCAAGCCGUUCAGUUGUAGGUGCGGAAAGAUCUUGCCAUCACAAAAGGCUCUGGUCAUGCAUCGAGUAGUGUGUGGAAAUCCUUCUCCUCCUAAGGUGAAGGUACAAGAAUUGAUAUGUAAAAAGUGUGGAAGGACUUUUAAAACUGAAAAAACUCUCAUUCUCCAUAAUGACUUUUGCAUGUCCAUGCCAGAUGAAUUGGUUUGCAAAUGUGGAAGACAGUGUAAAAACAAGCAAGGUUUGAGCUACCAUAAAAGAUUCUGUAUAUUUUUCAGUUUGAAAAAUAAAGAUAACCCAGAUGGUAACAGUGAACAGGAAGACGUUAAGUCAUUGGGCACAAAUAAAAAAGAAGAUGUAAAGUCAGUGAACAUGAUUAAAAAAGAGGACGUUAUGUCACUAAGUACAAUUGAAAAGGAAGAGGUUAAGUCAGUAAGUAUAAUUAAAAAAGAGAAGCAGGAAGAUACAGAAUUAGUUGGUGGAAUCUUAAGUGAUGUCAGGGACAGUGAUGAUGAUAGUAAAGUUAAUGAUGACAAUUCAACAAACCCUUCAGAAAUAGUGAGGGAAAUCACAGAAGACUUUAGUGAUCGGUCUACACCAACAAAUGAAGUUGAACAGGUGAAUGCUGUCCUUGGGUUUCAAGAUGACGAAAGUUCUGACGAUGAAGAGGAAUAUUAUCGACAUAUUCCUUCCAGCCCAGAGACCUCUUUGCCGCCAACUCCAAUAACAGUCAACACAAAAAGUCCUGAAAAGCAAUCAAAUAUUAAAAAAUCUUCAACCUCUUCGAUAAGAGCACUAAAGAAGACAGCUAAGAGGCCUCUUUUAUCACCAACCGAUGGUCCCAGCUUUAGGAAAGUACUAAAUAAAUUGUCUAAAAAUAAAAAGAGAGAGGAAGAUUUUCGUUGUAAGUGUGGAGCAGCUUUUAAAACUAUGAUUGCAUUAAAAAAACAUAAGAUUGUUUUUUGCCCAACAAGCCUGUUAAAGUGCAAAUGGUGUCCUUUCCAAACCAGGAAGAAAUUAUCUAUGAGAGACCACGUUUUGAAAAAGCAUUGUGACGCUGUGAAGAUGUUUCUAAACGAUAGCACAUCAGAGUAGAACAAGACAUGUGUAAGAAUAGGAAACAAUUAUCAACGUGGACAUAUUCUUUGUUCUAGAUGUUUUUGUAUGCAAAGGUAAACAGGCGAUUGUCAAUUGUAAACAGGCGUAUCAAAUAACCUAUUUUGUAUUGGGAAAGGAAAGAGUCUUUUAAAACCCUUUAACACUCUAAAAACUUUCCGGUUGUCUUUUUAAAUUUACUAAUCCUGAUGAUAUUCAAUUUAAUAUUACUAACUAAUAAAUAGAAGUCCGAAUGAGUUCAUUGAUUUAAGUAAUCGCCCAAACAUUUUUUUCUGUCUCAAAUUUGUUGUGUCAUGUGAUGAAAUAAGUUUUUAAUACUAACACUUUCAAUUGUUUAACUGAAAACUGUUCUAGGGGUUUAGUCUACUAUGUUUUUGUAUAUUAUUAAGAAUGUAUAAUGAAGCAGGUAGUUUUUGGAAAGUUAAUUUGCUAAUUUAUGAUAAAGUAACUUCUUUAGUAUGUUUGUUCAAAAAAACCUUUAUUUUCCAUUAUGUAAAGUUUACACAAAUUUAACAUGUAAAUAUUAUUUAAUUUUGUCUAACUUACAUGAACUAAUUGUUUGUUACCAGGUAUUUUUUUACAGAUUGUCUAUUAAGGGUAACAAAAGUUGCUCAUGUGGGUUUCCCAUCUAACCUUAAAUAUCAGCUUUAACUGUAUACAAAUUGUACAGUUACGGUUUAUGAUUUUUCUCUAUGUUUAGGAUUGAUGGAUUUUUAUAUUUUUUUGUGGCAUUAUACUUUAAGUCUUUAGUUAUACUAAAAAAUUCAGAUUGUUGCAACACAAAACUAGUUAUUUGUGUUAUGAUUUUUUAAGUGAGCUUUUAAGUGAAUUUCAUUCACAUGCAAUUUUUUUGUAUUAAUUUUUCCUUCACCAUUUUAGUUAAAUAAAAUAUAAGUGUAUAAAACAACUGUUAAUAGGUCUUAGGUAUAAAUUGCCAUAAUAUGUACAUUGUACAGUGAAUAAAUAUAAAAUUGAGUUCAAUACGU